CUGCACUCGUUCCUGUUAUCCACGUACUUCCUUCUAACCGAUUGCAGCCUUUUGCUGUCGCAUCGACACCUACGCAGUGGAUGCAAUCAUGGUUUGCGUCGAUCGGCAACAACCUCCAACAACCUCUCUCCCUUUCUCUCUCGCUCUUUUUUCUUUCUCUCUCUCUCUUUCCUUUUCUCUAUCUCUUUCAGCUCAUUCUUUAGCUCUUUCCAGGUGGCGCACUGGUGCUCACCUGUCAGCAUAAUUUUUACCUAAGACCCACCAACAAGUCCAGGGGAUCAGCCCAACCAAUCGGCGCAUCCGACCCUGGGGCCCCACGCUCCGUCUCUCCCAAGGAAGGUACGCCUCGAAUAGUUCGCUCAGCUCCGACAGGCGCUUUAGUUCAGAAAUUCCGUCGUGCGCAAUAAACGUGAAAACGAUAAACGAAACGUGAACCGGACUUUCCUGCACGAGUGGAUCCCUCGAUCUCUCCGGAACCGUCAACAACACUCGCAGAUCAGAAUAAGCUUUAACAUGGAAAUCUCGGCAGCUUUGCUGCUGACCAUCUUCUUGGCGGCCACUACCGUUACAGAUGGCUUGAGCACAACUAUUGUUUCGAUUUCACCUACUACGGAGUUUAUUCGCAACGAAGUGAAUACGACAACUACCGAAUCUGGGAACGAAGUGAAUACGACAACGCAGAGCAAAUUUUUAGAUUAUGUCAGACCUUUCUCGAGUAUAAAGGACAUAUUGAUGCAGGAGAUUCAUACUUUAAACAAAGAUGUUUCUGAUGCCAAGAUUCAGGAAGAAGUAGCAGAGACUUUGAAGGCUGAAGCGCAAAGAGAUCAUACGGAUUUGCGAAUCAAAACGACUGCUAAGCCGAGCAACUCAACAACGAAGAAAGAGAAACUUGCGGCGGAAAAUGAAGAAUUGUGGAAUAUCGACGAAAUGUACGACGAGGAGGAAAAUAAAAACGACGAGGAGGAUUACUACGAUGGAGACGGGUUCGACGACAUUGACGAAGAAGUCAUGACACAGUGUCCCGAUUAUUGCAAAUGUGCAGGGCAAUACGCCGCCGCAACGACUGCCACGUGCACUAAAUUGGUGGAUGAACAAGCUUUUGGACCAGGUAUCGCGCAUCUGCGAAUCGAAAACGCUCCGCCGAUUCAAUUGGGACCGAAUGCUCUGCGAGCUCGCGGUCUCCAGCAAUUGGAGUCUAUCGCUAUCGUCGACACGCAGAUAGACGAGCUAGAUCGUACUGCAUUUAACGGCAUCACAUAUCUGUUUGCGGUGAAUUUGACGCGCAACGGCCUUCAGGAUAUCCAUCCGAAUACCUUUCAGAACAACACGCAGCUCAGUUUACUCACAAUCUCCGGUAACAUGUUGAAACACAUGCACGACGUGCACACGAAGCCGACAAAACACUACCUGUUGCAUGCAUCAUCGAUCACUGAUUUCGAUUUCUCAAACAACGGGAUAAUGCGACUGAAACGUACCGCCUUUUCCAAGAUGCAAAGCCUCAGUUACCUCAAUCUGCGCGGUAAUAGAUUGAGAGAAAUCGAUAGCGCGAUUUUCGACUCGCUGCACUCGCUCAUGGAAGUGGAUCUCUCGGAUAAUAAUCUGAAUGAGCUCCCGUCCGAUCUGUUCAUUGACAAAGAAAUACAAGCUCUUCGCGUCGCUGGAAAUAAUUUAUCGACGUUGGCCAUAAGUGCCUCAAAGCUGACGACGCUUGACGUUUCGAGAAAUAAGAUCAAAGUACUCACCAAAGAGGAUCUGAAUAAUGUACCACUAUUGGAAACGUUAUAUAUCAAAUCGAACAAUCUGAAAAAGAUUCAUCAACACGCUUUCAGCGAUCUCGAGCAAUUGCGACAUCUUGAUAUCAGUGACAACAAGCUGUCCUCAUUAACGGAACAUCAUUUCAAAAACAAUCCAAGAUUACAAGUUCUGCUGAUGAAUGAUAAUCCCACUUUACAAACUCUGCCAGUUUUCAAAACUUACGGCUUAAUACACGAUACAUUUAGCGUCUUCCGUUUUGAAUGCGCGAAUUGUGGCCUGGAUAAUCUCAAACCGGGCACAUUUGACGAAAUGCCAGCAAUAACUCGGCUGAAUCUCGCGAAGAAUCGUUUAAGCAAUUUGCCUGUAGGACUCUUGCAACGCCUCUCGUCUCUACGAGAAUUAGAUCUCUCCGACAAUAUCAUAUCUAUUCUGCAACCUGGAAUGUUCCACGGUGCCGAGAGUUUGAACAAGCUGAGUCUCGCGCAUAAUCCAUUGACUACAUUGCAAGUGACGCCAUUUUUGAAUACACCAGGACUCGUGAAACUGGACGUGAGUCGUUGCAACCUCGAACGUGUUUGGAGCGAAGCUAGAGUACCAUUGAAAAGUCUUCGAUUCCUGUCGGUUCGCGGUAAUCUUUUACGACGAAUCACUGUGGAAGAACUUAGAGCUACGCCAAGACUGUCGGGUCUAGAUCUGUCGCACAAUCCUCUAGAUUGUGACGAAGAAUUUAAUCAAGCUCUGCAAUGGCUCACCGAUCACGGUGUUACACCAACGGAGACACUUGGAUAUGUCAAUGAUUUUGCUGAUGUUGACGACGAUGCCGAUUCAAAGGGCAUCAGUCAAUGGACAGAUUUAGCAAAGAUAGCUUGUGAUGGAAUCGAUGAUGGCCCACCACCUAGACAAGCUCCUGGCAAAAACACACAAUCAAAGGACGUUUUUCUCGACACCCCAGAGGAUUCCGAUUCUCUAUUCACACUCACAAACGAGCUCGAUAAGGACGAGGAGCUUCUCAAGCUGAACAUCGAUCAUGGUAUACAUGCCGAUGACCCACGACUCUUGGAAGAUCAGGAAUACGACGAGGAUUUCAGGAUCACCACGGAAUAUCACUCUUGGUACAACUUAAGGCCUGGCUUCAAAAUCUGGCUUAUUUCCGGUACUAUCCUGUUCGUUUUGGUCGUGUUCCUGUUAGUAGCGCGCAUCGCUUGUUGUUUGGCGAACAAACGAGGACGUGGCCCCGUUCUCAGGCCGCCUAUGAUCCUUCGUCAAGGUCUGGUCGACAAUAAGAAUUGCGGUUUGGUCUACAAACCCCUGCAGGAAGAAAUAGCCACACCUCACAUGCCAAAACGAGGUAGCUUCUAUUCCAGCAGCACCUUCCAUUAUGAUAAAAUCGUGCCAGAGAGUGUAUAAAAAAGUGUUUUCUGAUUAAUUAAGUGAUCAAUUACGAAGCGACCGACCGACGUGAUUCCUCUUGACCGCCGAAAACUAUUUUGCGUCGCUUUCGCAAAUCAAGAGAUAUUCUUUAGAGACUUUUAUUGGUUGAACGACGAAGUCGAUAAGAGAAGAAAGGAAAGCGAGUCCAUUUCAUCAAUUCUCGCAAAAAUAUGUUUUAAUUACGAUUUCCAAUCAGAACGCAAUUAGGCAGAUUUUUCUCUCUUUGAUCGUAGGUAACAAUAUACACAUGAUCUUAUCGGCAAAUUUUUCAUCAUUUAUAUUAAAAGAAUAUCAAAGUUAAAUAAAUAUAAUUGUCAGCAUUUAAUUAAACCUUGUAAAAAUGUAUACGAUUUGAAACGCAUCUCGAGUUUUCCUCACAUUUUUAAAGUUUACAAAAAAGAGCGAUUAAUAUAUAAGUACGUUUAUUGUCGCAAUUUAUUAACGCAAAGACGAUGCCUAAUAGAAGUAAUAAUUUAGAUAUAAGCUGCAGUGCUAUAUCUUACAAUCAGUUCAGAACAUAAAUUUCUUUAUAUGUAUAUGGAAAUAAUAGCAAUGUACUUAUUUUAUUUAUAGGUUUUAUUUAAGCUUACAACUUUAUUCGUCGCUUAAGCAGUGGCCAGAUGAAUUUCAAAGUAUAAUUUAAAUUUAUUCAACUGCUUGUUUAUAGAAAAAUGUAAUCCAAUACAGAAAUUAUAAAGGUAUAACUUAAUAAUAUUAAUAUUGAAAAAUAAUGUAGAAAAUUUUAGCAAAAACGUGUCAAUUGGUGAUCGAUGAUGGAUGAAUGAGAGAACUACGCGUAUGAUGGAUGCAAAAUUUUAUACAAAACAAAGUAAAAUAAAACCUUUUUUUAAGAUGUCCAAUCCCCAAGUGAUACAUGCCAAUACAGUACCGCAUAACAGUAAUUGUAGUUUUCAAUUACUUACUGGUGACAAUAUUCUUAUCUGGCGGAGGUCCGUAAACUUACAUACGACAUUAACAUUUUGCAAAAUGUUAUGUCACUGCGCAAAUAUUAUUAUACACUACUAUAUAUAUAUACAUAUAUAUAUAUAUAUAUAUAUAUAUAUAUAUAUAUAUAUAUCUGCUGUAAAUAACAUUUGUAAUAAUAAAAAUAUAUCGUUUUAAUAAAAUAUUAAGUAAAAUUAAA